CAGCUCUGCAGUGAAGAUGGCGGAGAGAGGACACGGCCAUCUGAAGCCAAUCAGCAGAAAACGCCUAUGAUUGCAUGCUGGCUUCAGUAGACGCUUUGUCUAAUUGGCACUGACAGAAGAUCUGGCGUCUGGGAAUGGACCGCGCUUAGAUGUGGGCACCAUUUAAGCUGAAUGCAUUGUGAUUUCCAAUAAUUGAGACAGUGAUUUCUAAAAAGCUGUCUACAUUAAUGAAAAGAACAAUGUAGUCAGCUUAGCAUAUUCAACCAUGUACAUGACUAUUACUAAAUAGGAGUUUCAAGCUGUAUAAUGUAUACAUGCAUGUGCUAGGGCUGCAAUUGUUUUAGUUAAAUUGGGCACACCCCUCCCCAAUUGCGUUCUUGUAUCAGUUUUAACAUUAAGCUCUUUUUAAGAAAUUAAAUAUGGAUGUAAAUGAGUUUUUACCUCCCCUCCCAUUGGAGCCACCAGACGCAGUAUUGGCGGGGAAUGAUUACAGUAAAGCACCUCCACCACCUCCCCUGCAAACGUCCAGUGACGCAGAGGAAAUGGACGUUAGCUCUGGUGGUGAUGGACACCAACACACCCCAGCAGUGGACAGGGAUGAACAGCUACUCCUCAACAAACGCACAUUGUCUGUUAGUAGCCGCCCAUCAGAUAGUUCUGACCCCAUGACUACUUGCCCUAGAACCGCUCGCCAUGCUCCCCCUGUUACCAAGUUUUUACCUGAUCUUAAACUCCUCAGAGAUGUAAAGAUCAGUGUCAGCUUUUCAGACAGCAGUAAGAGCAAAGACAGGAAGGUGUUGUACACUGGUUUUGGGCAGGUUAGCGAUGAAGAUCAGAGCAUUAAUGGAGAAUUGCAUGAUUCUUUAAUGAUGAGAAGUGUGCCUGGCAGUUCAGCCAUGAGCGCUGGCUUCAUAGGGUUAGCUAGAACUAGAGAAGAGCUGGAGACAGAGCAGGAGAACAAGGUUGAGUUUGCUGUGCUGGAUGACCUGGAAGAUUUCAGCGAGAACUUUCUGGAAGAUGGAGAGCCAAGUGCUUUCAGGUCUCAGAUGAUAGUUCAGCAGGAGCAAGUGCACGAGGAGGACCUGAGUUACUCCUAUGAGGAGGACUUUGACAAUGAUGUAGAUGCCCUGCUGGAGGAAGGCAUGCCCAUGCCCAAAAAGAGGCGUGUGGCUGAAGACAAGUAUGCUGGAGACAGUGACCACCAUUCAGACGGGGAGGCCGGUGUUCAGCCUAUGAUGACCAAAAUUAAGACCAUUCUUAAGAGUCGUGGUCGUCCGCCAACUGAGCCAUUACCUGAUGGGUGGAUCAUGACAUUCCAUAACUCCGGCAUUCCAGUCUACCUCCACCGGGAAACCAGAGUUGUAACCUGGUCUAGACCUUACUUCCUUGGAACAGGAAGCAUUAGGAAACAUGACGCACCAACCAGUAGCAUUCCCUGCCUGCACUACAAGAAAAUGAAGGAACAAGAAGAAAGGGAACAGAAUGGAGAGGUGACUCCGACAGCGGAGGUUUCUCCAGUCAAAUCUGGAGAGGAGGGCGUCUCACUUGAGCGGGCAGAUGAGCCUGACUCUACUGCCACUGAAGAACCCACUGGCAGACCAACAUCAGAAGAUCCGGAUCUUGACCUCAUGGAGCCAGGAGGGUCUUCUAUAGAGGGGAAGGAUGGGCAAACUGGGGAGACUGCACAAGGAGCGCUAGGCCAGGUCAAAGCCAAGGUGGAGGUCUGCAAAGAUGAGUCUAUUGACAUUGAGGAUUUUAGAAGCUACCUAGAGAAGUGCUUUGAUUUUGAGCAAGUGACGGUGAAGAAGUUUCGCACAUGGGCCGAGCGUAGACAGUUCAACAGGGACAUGAAGAGGAAACAGGCCGAGUCUGAGAGGCCCAUCCUACCUGCCAAUCAGAAGCUCAUCACGCUGUCUGUUCAAGACGCCCCCACAAAGAAAGAGUUUGUCAUCAAUCCCAAUGGGAAGUCUGAAGUCUGCAUUUUACAUGAGUAUAUGCAAAGAGUACUCAAAGUGAGACCAGUUUACAACUUUUUUGAAUGUGAAAACCCAAGUGAACCCUUCGGAGCCUCAGUCAUUAUAGACGGUGUUACGUACGGCACAGGAACAGCAAGUAGUAAAAAACUUGCCAAGAACAAAGCUGCUCGAGCAACACUGGAAAUCCUCAUUCCUGACUUCGUAAAGCAGACGUCUGAGGAGAAGCCCAUGGAGGGAGAUGAACUGGAGUAUUUUAAUCAUAUCAGUAUUGAAGAUUCAAGGGUGUACGAGUUGACCAACAAAGCAGGUUUACUCUCACCAUAUCAGAUCCUUCAUGAGUGCCUUAAGAGAAACCAUGGCAUGGGAGACACCAGUAUCAAGUUUGAGGUGAUUCCAGGAAAGAACCAGAAGAGUGAAUAUGUCAUGACCUGUGGCAAGCACACUGUGCGUGGCUGGUGUAAAAAUAAGCGAGUUGGAAAGCAGCUGGCCUCACAGAAGAUUCUCCAGAUGCUGCAUCCUCACGUGAAGAACUGGGGCUCACUGCUGCGCAUGUAUGGCAGAGAAAGCAACAAAAUGGUUAAAAAGGAGAAUUCUGAUAAGAGUGUGAUUGAGCUUCAGCAGUAUGCCAAAAAGAACAAGCCAAACCUUCACAUCCUCAACAAACUGCGAGAGGAAAUGAUGAAACUGGCUCGAGAAAGGGAGGCGGCAAGAAAAAAGCCGAAGAUGACUAUAAUGGAGUCUGCUCAACCUGGCAGUGAACCUCUGUGUACUGUUGACGUCUAGCAAACCCUCGUCCAGCAUGUUGUGAUAGCACUGACCAAUGGUAAUAGUUGUGUAACAAAAGGUCAUCAUACCAUUACUGACUUAUGCAUUUAUUUCCAGUGCAAAUGGCAAUACUAGUUACAUUUUUAUCCAAUUUUUGAGAUCUAUUCCCUAAUUCAAUCAUUGUCCAUUAGCAUUUGUGUUUGGUAAGUUGUAUACAUGCACUGCGGGCUGAUAGAAUGAGCAUUAAAUACCUCCAGAUGCACUUCAGCACCUGAAAGUGCACAAACAUCAUGACGGCUGUUGACAAUAUAGCCUUCACAAAUUAAGGUAUAUGGUAAAAAUUAUAUAUGUUGAAUAAGUAUUAUGCUUUUUUUACGUUUGUGGCUUUUAGAUGUUAAUAAAAAUAUUGUUUUCCCCUUAACCACAAAUUUCAUUUCAUAUUUUCAAUGAAACUACAGAUUUCACAUGACAGGCUGUGGCUCAGUAAUGAUGCAUUUGCCAUUGGUUCAUUUGUCAGCUGCUGUGGCAUGCAGUGCACGUUUUAUCUGGAAAAUAGGGUUUAUUAUGACUUAAACUGUGUGUGUGUGUGUGGGAUUUUAGUGGCUAUGUUUAGUUAUUGGCACGUGAAGCAUUUUAAAUGUUGUUUAUUUUAAAGCAUUUCAUGUUGUGCACGCUUCCAACUGCUGUUAAGAAAUGCACUAAUGUUGGAACCAUUUUCUCGUGAAGUGAACAAGCUUUUAGUUUUCAUUAAAGGUGUUGCAUUCAGGCGGUCGCUUUGACCAACUGCUCUACUUGUUCAGAAAGCACUGCAGAGAAAAUGCAAGCACAAGUGUGUGAGGUACUGUAGUUUGCCGAUGAAGAGAACAUCAGGGAGAUCCAUGCUCGUGUGUUUCUUUAUUUUAGUAGGAUUUAUUUUUGGUUACUUUUCCGUUAUUUUCCCAUAAUAUCUAGAGACUGGUUGGUAAUCUUCAUUAGGAAAUAAUGUUGCCUUAGUUUUCCCCCUUGUUUCAUUCAUGGUACCUUGUGUUUCAAAAGGGAAACGCUUCACCCAAGUCUGCAUUUGUGAUGCUGUAUGUUACGUAUUUGCUGUGGAGUGACGCUUGCUUUCUUGCAUUGAUAUUUUAGAGGAAAUGCCUUCUACGCAUGUGCUUUUUUUGCAUUUGUCUUAAAUAUUCCUGUAUGGUUUUGUGGACAUUUGCUGAAGUUAUUGUGUGCAGAUCUUUAUCACGUUGGUAUCAGAAAUAGUCCAUCAUUCUUUACUUCAGAUGGUAGAACACCUACAAAAACAAAGGUGGUGACUUCGUACCUCGUAGAGAAAAUCAAACCGUGUUUAUAUUCAAUAGCUUGAAGAACAGUGUGAACCAAAGCUUUAAGUCUUAUGCAUUUUUAUAGAAUAUUGCUGCGUAGCUGCUCAUAAAAAAAAAAUAUAUAUAUAAAACUUACAUGCAUUGAACAAUAUAGAAAAAAAAGAUGCAAUAACUGCUGGAAUAAAAUAUGGUCCUUGUUUGAAGAAAACCACUCGGAUGAGAGGAAAAAACAAACAUUUCUGGCCUUAAGAGAGGUGUUAAAGUGAGGGGGUUUUCUUGGGAUAGCGAUUAAACCCUGCAGUGCACUGUCAUUUUGAACUUUAGUAUUUUAGUUUGUGUGCUUCUGAAUGUUCACUGCGUUUGUGAAGGAUCUUUCCUGUUUUUCAUGAGCACAAGGCUGCUGCCACACAGAGAAUAUGCUUUCCCACUAAACGUCUGGAGUGUACGACUUGUCCUGUUCAGUCUUGCCAAGUGUGUAUUAGGUGUAUGAAGAUAUGCGUGCUUUUUAGUCACUGUUGUCGAAGGGAUAGUAAUGUUGGAUGAUUUAUCUGCAAGUAUAGCUGCCUAAACAAUGUUUUAAUGCGACAUGAUCGCUGAUACACAGUGAUUUGUUUAUGCAAAUAAAUUGAUGCCCAGAAA